UUCUGUUUCACUUUAAGCCAUAUCUAGCAUAAUACAUUGCUAGUAUGUCGUCCUAAAAACAGGUUUUGGGUUUUUCUUCGUGAAUCAUGUAUGUUGGAUACCUUUUGGAUAAAGGCGAAGGAAACAUGUAUCACCACCAAGGACCUGUACGGCGAUCUGGUAUCAACCUUCCGCCACAGAAUUUCGUCUCCACACCACAGUACUCUGAUUUUGGUGGAUACCAUCAUAUGGCCAGCAUGGACACACACUCUCAGGCCACAGGACCGUGGGCCGCUCCGUACGGCGGUCCGAGGGAGGACUGGGGCGCCUACAGCCUUCCACCUCCCAACACCAUAGCAACUCCAAUGAGCAACUCAUCACCGGGACAAGUCUCCUAUUGCUCGCCUGAUUACAAUUCUAUGCAUAACCCGGGGUCAGCUGUGUUGCCCCCGCCGCCCGACAACAUUUCCGUGGCCCAAAUGUCCCCGGAUAAAGAACGGCGCAACUCUUAUCAGUGGAUGAGCAAAACCGUCCAGUCCUCUUCCACCGGAAAAACAAGAACAAAGGAGAAAUAUCGAGUGGUCUACACGGAUCACCAACGACUGGAGCUGGAGAAGGAGUUUCACUUUAAUCGUUACAUUACCAUUAGAAGGAAAUCAGAGCUGGCGGUGAAUCUGGGUCUCUCAGAGAGACAGGUCAAAAUUUGGUUUCAAAACCGCCGCGCCAAGGAGAGGAAGCUGAUCAAGAAGAAGCUGGGUCAGUCAGACGGCAGCAGCGGCUCCGUGCACAGUGACCCCGGCUCGGUGAGUCCGCUGCCCGUUCCCGGUUCGCUCAGUCCCUCGGAUGUGCACGGCUCCGUUUACCCGCCUCCAGGAUUGAACGUCUUACCGUCCAUAAGAAACAUUCAGCAAGUUACAGUCACGCAGUAAACUCAAAGUUGGAGUAUCUUACUCCAAAACAACCGACUUAAAACUGAGCACUCCUACCCGCUGCAAGGACACGACACCCAGCGCUCAAACGGAUUCACGCGCUCCAGACCACACGUCCCGGGGCGCGAGCU